AUGGAGCCCGGCACUUAUACCACUUUGGACGGCGCCAAGGAGAUCGAAGGCUUGCUGGGAGCUGGAGGGAGUCGGAACCUGGUCACCCACUCCCCACUGACCAGCCAUCCAGCGGCGGCCCCUACGCUGAUGCCUGCUGUCAACUAUGCCCCGCUGGAUCUGCCAGGCUCUGCGGAACCGCCAAAGCAGUGCCACCCAUGCCCCGGGGUGCCCCAGGGGGCGUCCCCAGCUCCAGUGCCUUACGGCUACUUUGGAGGCGGGUACUACUCCUGUCGAGUGUCCCGAAGCUCGCUGAAGCCCUGUGCCCAGGCGGCCACUCUGGCUGCCUACCCUGCGGAAACUCCUGCGUCCGGGGAGGAGUACCCCAGCCGCCCCACCGAGUUUGCCUUCUACCCGGGAUACCCGGGACCCUACCAGCCUGUGGCCAGUUACCUGGAUGUGUCGGUGGUGCAGACAUUGGGUGCCCCGGGGGAGCCUCGCCACGACGCCCUGCUGCCUGUGGACAGUUACCAGCCCUGGGCCCUCACCAGUGGCUGGAACAGCCAGAUGUGUUGCCAGGGAGAACAGAACCCCCCAGGUCCUUUCUGGAAGGCAGCAUUUGCAGACUCAAGCGUGCAGCAUCCGCCUGACGGCUGCGCCUUCCGCCGAGGUCGCAAGAAGCGCAUUCCCUACAGCAAGGGGCAGUUGCGGGAACUGGAGCGCGAGUAUUCAGCUAACAAGUUCAUCACCAAGGACAAGAGGCGCAAGAUCUCGGCUGCCACCAGCCUCUCAGAGCGCCAGAUCACCAUCUGGUUUCAGAAUCGCCGGGUCAAGGAGAAGAAGGUCCUCGCCAAGGUCAAAACCAGUGCUACUCCAUGA